AUGGCGCCCGAGAUUCAGAGCCUGUUUCCGAGUACGACGGCCGUGCUCCUCCUGCUGGGCGCCUGCCUCUCCGCCGCCGCGGUGGCAGCGCUCGGUGCCGCGGACGACGCCAGCAGGCCGGCGGUGCCUCUGCCUGGUGGAGGCGCCCGGCGCGUCCUCUUCGCCAACGGGCUCAGGCUGACGCCGCAGAUGGGGUGGAACAGCUGGAACCAUUUCCAGUGCGACAUCAACGAGGCGGUCGUCCGGCGCACCGCUGAUGCGCUCGUCGCCACCGGACUUGCAAAGGCUGGCUACAAGUAUGUCAACUUAGAUGACUGCUGGGCGGAUUACCAAAGGACCAAAGAGGGAUACAUGAUCGCUAAUCCCAAGACAUUCCCAUCCGGAAUCAAGGCCCUGGCAGAUUAUGUUCACAGCAAGGGGCUUAAGCUUGGCAUCUACUCUUCAGCUGGGACAAGAACUUGCAGCAACAGGAUGCCUGGAUCUCUGGGCCACGAGGACAAGGAUGCUAAAACGUUUGCAUCAUGGGGUGUUGACUACUUGAAGUAUGAUAACUGCUACAGAGACGGCACGCCUGAAACCGUGAGGUUUGGGCGCAUGUCUCGCGCGCUGAAGAACUCUGGCCGCCCCAUCUUCUACUCACUUUGCGAAUGGGGCUACAUGGAAGUGCCCAAAUGGGGCGGCAUGUACGGCAACAGCUGGAGGACCACCGGCGACAUCAUCGACACAUGGUCAGGCAUGCUGGACAACAUCGACCGGAACGACGCCUACGCCCGGUACGCCAAGCCCGGCGGUUGGAACGAUCCUGACAUGCUGGAGGUCGGGAACGGAGGGAUGGCGUACAACGAGUACGUCGUGCACUUCAGCCUGUGGGCCAUCGCCAAGGCUCCUCUUGUAAUCGGCUGUGACGUAACGAGAGUUUCCAAGGAGACGCUGGGGAUCCUCUCCAACGCAGAGGUCAUCGCGAUUAACCAAGAUCGGAUGGGUGUCCAGGGAAACAAAGUGAAGAAGUAUGGCAACGAUCUCGAGGUGUGGGCGGGGCAGCUCUCCCGCCACAGGAAGGCGGUGCUGCUGCUCAACCGGGGGGCGACGCGCUCCGCGUCCAUCACCGCGGCAUGGCCGGACGUCGGCAUCCGCCGCGGCGUCACCGUCGAGGCCAGGGACGUCUGGAAGCAUGAGACGCUCCCGGGCAGGUUCACCGGCAGCCUCACGGCGGUGGUCGGGCCGCACUCGUGCAAGCUCUUCGUCCUCACGCCCGUUCCUCGCUGA